AUUAUCUUUUGUCAAAUUCCAAAGUUUCUGAUUUUGAAUUUUUCAUUCAAGGUUCAAGCUCACCCAAUUUUAUCGUGAACUAUUGUCAUAGGAUCAAAUCACCUACUUUGGUUUCCGCUGAACACCAAGCUACUCUUAUCUUUUGCCUUGAGAAGUGAAAGAAAUGAAUGAGGUGAGUCACCGAAGGAUAAAAACAAAUGGGAUAUGGGUGCACAUAGCAGAGCAAGGGAGAGGGCCAUUGGUUCUAUUGCUUCAUGGCUUCCCAGAAAUAUGGUAUUCAUGGCGCCACCAGAUCAGUUUCUUGGCUAACCAUGGCUAUCAUGUAGUUGCUCCCGAUUUGAGAGGCUAUGGAGACUCCGACUCUCCUCUUAGCCCAAGUUCGUACACUUUUAUGCACUAUGUUGGGGACAUCAUUGGCUUGCUUGACCAUCUUGGGGAACAGCAGGCUUUCGUAGUAGGACAUGACGUGGGAGCUGCUAUUGCCUGGCAUUUAUCCCUGUUUAGGCCUGAGAGGGUCAAAGCAUCGAUCAACUUAGGCGUUGCAUACUUCGAUAGAAACCCGAAUGCCAAAUUAGGUGAAUCCUUAAUCAGAACGUUUGGAGAUGGAUUUUACAUUUCCAAAUUCCAGGAACCGGGAAGAGCAGAAAGGGCAUUUGCUAGGUAUGAUUAUUUGACAGUGAUAAAGAAGUUCUUGCUAAUUACACAGACUGAUAAUCUGAUAGCUCCUCCUGGAAUGGAGAUUAUUGAUUACCUGGGGACACCUUCACGGUUACCACCGUGGAUUACCGAAGAGGAACUCCAGGUUUAUGCUGACAAGUUCCAGGAAUCUGGCUUCACUGGAGCUCUUAAUUUCUACCGUGCUUUGGACUUGAAUUGGGAGCUUACUGCACCAUGGCAAGGAUCAAAAAUCAGAGUUCCAGUGAAAUUCAUGGUGGGUGAAAAUGAUAUUGGUUUUGAUAUCAAUGGUAUAAGACAAUACAUAGAGGGGAAUAUCUUCAGGAACCUUAUUCCCGACCUGGAAGUUGUUAUGCUAGAUGGCCAUCAUUAUCUCCAACAGGAAAAACACCAACAAGUCUCAGAGGAAAUUCUGUCGUUCCUUGCCAAAUUUCCAGCAGAAUAGUGUUCUCUGGUUUUUUUCGUUAUCUUAUUGAGAAAAUAACUAGAUUUGAUUUACUGUUUAUCCUGUGUAUUCUCGUCUUGUAGUGUAGCAAAGUUAAUCUUCAAUAAGGAAAAAAACUCCAUAAUAAAAGCUUUAGUCAGACAUUAGUAAAA